UAUAUUUCCAUAGUCAACCCGCAAAUACUUGAUUUCAUUAUAGCCGCGAUGCCCGAACUCAACCCCAGCAACAACUCCCCCCUUAUCUUGCGUUCCUACUUCACAACCGUGCCUCCAAAACGCUUCCAUCCCUCUCCCGACGAUUUUGACGGGCCGCUCACUCUCAUCAACACUAUACACGAAGACCGGCUACCCCUCGAGGAGACAUGUCCCCUCUCCACCACUUACCCACCUGUGGAGAAGGCAAGCGUAGUUGUCGAGACAUCCGGAUGCAUUCAUGCAGCAACUGUUUUCAUACAGGAGACACUGGAAACUAUUGUCGACAUCCGGCCUACUUCCGUGCAACAGGCCCUAAAAAGGAAAUUAAAACAGGCGAAGGAGGUGACUGCUGGUGUCGUUGAAUCACCCGCAAAGGUGGCUCGCUUGCAGUUUACAGAUGCGGUUAAGGACACUGUCUCUUGCUCGACUUCUGCCCUUCCCAAGCCCGGUGGUUCUACUUCUCCAGCCGAGAAAGUAGUACAGGCUCCUUCUGUUCUACCCGAACCAGCUUCCCCUAUGGAGGAUUUACACAGACUCCCCGAUGCGCACCCGCAAAACAGCAUCCGUUCUCUCUUAGAUACACCCUAUCCAUUUUUGCACUCCUUUAAUCUUGUCCUGCACAAAAUCAUACCGCGACGACCUCUCGUCUCAUCCACUUCCACCGUUGGGGAUGAGACUAUGGAUGUUGAUGUGGAUUCCCACCGACCGCUCGUCAUUCGACCCUCCUGCCGCCUUCUCGCAUCAAUAGGUAACUACCUAUGCCUCUUUCUGUUCUUUAUUCGUCUUUCUUACACUCAUGCUGCAUUCCUUUCCUUCAUCCUUCUUGCCUUAUCCUACACCACUUCAGAAACUCGCAGUCUCAAACUAUGCAUAUGCUAG